AACACGCUUUCUUUCAUUUCGAGUCCCAAUUGUUUGUCCGAAUUUAUCAUCCCUUCAUCUCCAUCUCCUUCUCCUCUGCCUAUUUAUUCUUGUUUUCCCAUAAUUUUUACAUAAAUAACCAUUGUUAACUGAAUCAUUUUAUGGAGGAAAACUCCAAGGCCUCCGAUCAGAAUCAAUUCCAGGCCAAUUUCCAAAUCCCAUUCGAUUAUUUUGUAUCCAAGAAACACCAGGCAAUUGAGAGCGGUUGUGUUCUAGGUUUCACUGAUUCAUUCGGUAAUUUUGUGUACGGAGUCCAGCAUUUAUCCCACAAAUCAAAAGAUCGUCCACACUGCAUAAAGCUUUUUCUCGAUGCAUCUGGCGAUACCCUCUUCUCCAUACACCGAGUAAAUAAGGGUUCAUGGCAAUGUUUUAGGGGAAAAGAGAGCAGGGAGGAGGAGCUGAUAUUCAAAGUAGAGAGGACAGUGGAUGGAUUUACAAGAACUGAGUUUGAAAUAUCACUUAGUGGUGAAAGUAAGGAAGGCUCAAAGAUUGAGCUCAAGAUGAAAGGUUCCCCUUUCAAGAGAUCCUGCACCAUUUACAAAGGCGAUUCCAUAGUUGCCGAGACUAGCCUCAUGCAUAAGCUGGGGAUCAAGAAAAUGUUUAUUCCAAGGAGCCGAUUUCGAGCAACUAUAUUUCCUGGAUGUACUGAUCACAGUUUAGCUCUAGCUCUUGUUGUAAUAUUUUUUGAUGGAAGAAAACUUUGGAUAUGAAUAACACACAUUUGUAUCCUAUUCCACUCUUCAUUUAUGUGAAAUAACUAUCCAUUUGAUUUGCUGCAA